AAAAUUUCGAUUACUGGACUAGUAUCAGUUUAAGUUCAGAUAAUGUAAAUAUACACGAGAUAAAAUAAUUCAACAUUUGAUUUUGAUACAUCCUUGAUGAAAUACCAAAUUUAGUAUCUAAAAUGUAGUAAAAUUGGUAUUUACAGCGAAAUAUAUCUUCAGAGAUAGAUCUUAUUACAUAAGUAGUUGCUAUAUUCAUCGACUCCUGGAUUACUAGCAUUUGAGUAAUUUUUAGAAGAAAACAAUGUUUGGGAGUACUACAGUAUCAAAUAUUGUACCCAGCUCUUGGAAUCUUACAGAGUCAGUGAUAUUAACAAGUUUGUCAGUGUUAACUGGGACAUUCCUUCUUUAUAAGGUUCUAGGAUUGAUCAGUCAGGUUAGAAAACUGAAUGUGUACUUUAAAAAUGUUCCGGGACCAACAGGACGACAUUGGUUCUAUGGACACCUUCAUCUGUUCCCCAAAUUACCGUCAGAGAGAAUAAAGUUUAUACUUGGACUGGGAUCAAAGUUCCGCCGAUAUUUUUGCUUGUGGGUCGGCCCAGCCAGAGUGACUGUCAUCGUUAAUCAUCCAACCACAGUAAAGGCGGUUAUGAAAACAUCUGAACCCAAACCGACAAGUUUCGGCGGUAUGUACCGAUUUGGAUUGCCUUGGCUCGGGAGAGGACUGCUGAUUGCCGACGGAGCAAGAUGGGCUCGAUCCCGGCGGCUGUUGACGCCGGCAUUCCAUUUUGAUAUUCUGAAACCAUAUGUAGAUAUUUACAACGAAGCCGCCGAGAAGCUUAUGGACAAUUUGGAUAAGUACGCGGAAGGAAAUGAAGACUUUGAGGUGUUUACAAACAUCAGUCGCUGCACGCUCGAUGUGAUACUACGCUGCGCAUUUUCCUACGAAACCGAUUGCCAGAAGCCAGGGUCUGCACAUCCAUAUCUUACUGCUGUAAAUGAACUGUCAGAGAUAUGGUGGAAGAGGGAAAAGCGCCUCAUGUUGUACCCGGAUUUCAUUUUUUAUUUAACACCUAUUGGUCGCCGCUUCAAGAAGUACUGCGAUUAUGUGCAUGGUGUAGCAGAAGAGGUGAUCAAAGAACGGAAAAAAGCAUUGGAAAGAUCUAUAAAACCUGCAGAAGGCAAAUAUUUAGAUUUUCUUGACAUACUUCUCACAGCGACGGACGAGGAGGGAAAUGGAAUGUCUUUGCUGGACAUCAGAAAUGAAGUGGACACUUUUAUGUUUGAAGGUCAUGACACUACUGCGAGUUCUAUCUCCUGGACUCUGUAUGCUCUUGCGAAACAUCCGGAAUACCAGAAGAAAGCACAAAAGGAAAUUGAUGAGAUUUUUAGCUCUAAAGAUACUGAAGAAAUAGAAUGGAAGGAUCUUAACAAGCUAGAAUACCUGACGAUGUGCUUGAAAGAAAGCCUGCGAAACUACAGCCCAGUUCCAUUUAUACAACGGGAGUUUACGCACGAUUUCGAAGUAGAGGGCCGCAAAUUUCCGGCGGGAACUCCGGUGACUGUGCACAUAUACGGUGUACAUCAUAAUCGAGAUGUGUGGGAGGAUCCGAUGAGUUACAAACCCGAGAGAUUCUCGAAAGAAAACGUUGCAAAAAUGGACUCCUACCAGUUUGUGCCUUUUUCAGCCGGACCAAGAAAUUGUAUCGGUCAACAUUUUGCCCUGAAUGAAGAAAAGGUGAUCCUGGCACGACUACUUCGACGGUUUUCGUUCCAUCUUGAUCCAUACCACGUGGUACAGAUGAAGAUCGCGGCAACUUUACGAACAGAAACUGGAAUCAUGAUGUACUGUACAAAACGAUUUUAGCCUGAUGAUCGGAUGUAAAAUACAAUAUGGACCGGUCCCUGCUUUACAGUCGAGCUAUCUGUUUUGAACUGCAGUUUGAUUCAAUAAGUCAUGUACAGGAGUUUUUGUAAUAAGCGUCUCUUAGGGGAUUGUAUGAACAUUUUGAUUUUUGAAGAUCUUACAGCAGAAAUGCUAUUUUCAUGGGACCCUUUGUAGGCCCCUACAUUUUGGCCCAUGAAUAAUUUUCUCCAGCAUUAUAUAUAAAAAAUAUUCACAUAAGCAUAUUAUUCCUAUACAAACUAAGACUGUUUAAAGCUUUCAUAUGGAAAAUGAAAUAAAUGAAUCUUUUAUUUUUUUGGAUAUCUUAUCGCAAAUGUAAGAAACUUUAUGACGACUUAAUAAAAACAG